AUGGCGUCCAUCACUGUUCUCCGCGCGGCUUACACGCUCCUUGUUGUCCUGGCCGCUCUCCAAGUCCUUCUUCCCCUCGUCAUCGCGCAAGACAACCUUCUCAGUGGUACGACCAUCAACUCUACUGCCGUCUCCGAUGUGAACGGCACUGAGCACAAAAAGAAGAAGAAGCCCGACAACUACCGUGACCAAGGUGGCAAUUGUUACAACUGCACCAUCAUCGAGAACGGAGGCGUGGCCGGUUUCACCUCGCCAGACCUCGUCACAUUGGGCCUGAGCCUUCUUACUUUCCUCUUUGCGAGCUUCCUUUGA